ACCUCUCUAUGCUCAAUGCCGCUUGCCCCUCACUCAGGGUUCCUGGCGCCCGGCUCGGAGGAGGUCCCCGGCAACGCGGGGCUGAAGGACCAAGCGGCGGCGCUGCGCUGGGUGCGCGACAACAUCCGCCAGUUCGGCGGCGACCCCGGCAGCGUGACGCUGGUGGGCCACAGCGCGGGCGGCGCGGCCGUGCACUACCACACGCUGUCGCCCGCGUCGCGCGGCCUGUUCCACCGCGCCGUGCACCUCAGCGGCUCCGCGCUCAACGCGUGGGCCUUCGCCACGCCCGCCGAUGCCCGGGAGCGCGCGCGCCGCCUCGCCGACCUGCUGGGCUGCGGCCGCGGCUGCGCCGACCCGGACGACCUGGUCGCCUUCCUGCGCACCAAGACCCCCUACGAGAUCAUACACGCUUCUUACAAGGUGUUCGAGCACCAGGAAAACGCGGCUGGGUACCUGUCGCCCUUCCUGCCCACCGUGGACGCCGUCUACAUGCCCCCGCCAAACAACACCCUGGCGGACGCCCAGGCGGCCUUCCUGCGCGCGAGUCCCGACGAGGCGAUGCGGAGUGCCGACUACCACCCGGUGCCCACCCUGGUCGGCCAGAACAGCGUGGAGGGCAUGAUUGUCAUGUUGCCCGACAUCAUCACGGAUGAAAUGAAUCCCUCAUCGCGCAACUUUAAGCGACUAGAUAUGGACUUUGAGCGCGUUGUCCCGGUGGAGCUCGGUCUGCAGCGCGGAUCGGAGAAGUCCCGUCGCGUAGCGUCCAUGAUACGGCAGCACUACUUCCAAGGGAAGCCCAUCUCAGACGAAACAACCCUCAACUACGUGCAGAUGUACAGCGACCUGCUCUUCACCAUCGGCAUUGGUCGCUACAUACGAGCGCUCGAGGUGCACUCCACUCAGCCCACAUUCCUAUACCACUUUUCGUUUGACGGAAGACUAUCCGUCAUCAAGAAGUUGACACGUUCCGAACUGCCAGGCGUCUCCCACGGCGACGAGCUUGGGUACCUGUUCCCGGUGGAGAUGAUGCCUGCGGAGGACGUGCGGCCCGGUGACGUGGACUUGCUGGUCCGGGACAGAUGGACCCGCAUCCUGGCCAACUUUGCCAAGCACGGGUCGCCGUCGGGUCCGCCUUUCAAAAUUGACCCGGUGCUCAACACGACGUGGUCACCGAGUACCGCCACUGCGCCAGCGUAUGUGGACAUCGGCGCGGAACUGACGCAGCACGAGGGAUAUCCUUUAAGUGACGAGUUUUCCUUCUGGGAGUCGGUUUUUCGUGUGGCCGAUAAGACUUUAGAAUAGACGAAGAGUAGUAAUAGGAAAAAUAAACUUGCCAUUUCUAGUCCCCAUGCAAAAGAAAAUUUGCUGUUCAGAUGUUAUAGCGGCCCUUGUGAAAAGUAUGUUUUACCUGACCUGAUACCUCUUAAAUGGGCAGGCAGUGAUAAUUUUUCAAAACACUAGCCACUUAUUUGUUACGUUUUAGACUGAGUACGCCAGACCCUUGCUAGUCAUUAUCAUAAUAUUUAAAAGUAAUGUAUCCAAUUGACAUUGUUUUAAAACCAAGUGUUUAUUCAGAGUUCACAAACCGCAAGCGCGAUUUCCUCGCUCAGAAAGGGAUCGUCCAGAAAGUUCGUCCGUUUUUCUCAGGCGGGAGCUCGGCGCCUGCGAGACUCAGGGUAGGCCACACCGCAGUACACUCAUGCACUGCAGGCAUGAUAUUGCCUACCUACUAGGCGCUAUGAGAGCUUACAUUGGCCGAACAUCGCAAUUUCGUGCGGUGAAUGACGGACGUACAUUCUGGUUGAUCACUAAUCACUAAGCUCUACGCAGCCAAAUGCGGGGCCUUUCAAGCUCUGAUUCAACACUUACGUUUUAGAUUAGAUUAAAAGUGAUUUUUGUUGUGACUGAUAGAAAAGAUAAGAAUAAAAAUAAUAUUUAGGAUAAGAAGCGAUACAAGACAAAGUACCAUAAUACAACGAAAUGAUAAAAAACGGUUUGGAUUGGUCUUUUGAGAGGAAAAGUAGCUUAAUUUGGAGUUUGAAAACAAAUGAAAACAACAAAUUUAAAAGGGUUGUCAGCUAUGAUUAGUGAGUGUAACACUAUUUCUUACUCACCCAAGUCAUUAGACUGUAUGGCCUUGUUUCUAAGGCAGUCUUUUCAAAUUAUUUGUUUUAAAUUUAGAAUAUGGUUUUGUGCUUUUGGUUCAAACUUACCCUUGUCACAACUUUACAAAUACCAGUGAGUGUAAAGGUUCACUUUAAAAAAUAAUAAUAAAAGAUCGUGUCUUUGUUUCAA